GUCACCGCUGCCGCCAUGCCCUGAGGGCUCCUUCUUGGCGACGAGGCUCCCAACUUCGAGGCCAACACCACCAUCGGCCGCAUCCGUUUCCACGAUUUUCUGGGAGACUCAUGGGGCAUCCUCUUCUCCCACCCACGGGACUUUACCCCCGUGUGUACCACAGAGCUUGGCAGAGCAGCAAAGCUGGCGCUGGAGUUUGCCAAGAAGAAUGUUAAGUUGAUUGCACUUUCAGUAGACAGUGUUGAAGACCAUUUUGCCUGGAGCAAGGAUAUCAAUGCUUACAAUGGUGAUGAGCCCACAGAAAAGUUACCUUUUCCCAUUAUUGACGAUAAGAGUCGGGACCUGGCCAUCCUCUUGGGCAUGCUGGACCCAGCAGAAAAGGAUGAAAAGGGCAUGCCCGUGACAGCCCGUGUGGUAUUUGUUUUUGGUCCUGACAAGAAAUUGAAGCUGUCCAUCCUCUAUCCAGCUACCACUGGCAGAAACUUUGAUGAGAUUCUCAGAGUAGUUACCUCUCUCCAGCUGACAGCAGAAAAAAGGGUCGCUACCCCUGUUGAUUGGAAGGAUGGAGAUAGCGUAAUGGUCCUUCCAACCAUCCCAGAAGAAGAAGCCAAAAAACUUUUCCCUAAAGGAGUCUUCACCAAAGAGCUUCCAUCUGGCAAGAAAUACCUCCGCUACACUCCCCAGCCUUAGAUCAGAGGCACUAAGGCUGUCACUAGUCCCUCAGUGAGCCAAAGGGCGCCAGCUGCCAGCGUGCUUUCCUGCAGCAGUUCCACAAGAAUAUCCUGGUGUGCUAACAGCCAGGUCCUUAGGUUACUGUACUACUGGCUUAUUAAAUGGAAGGAAGGAGCACUAAAAUUUUCUUGGGAUUCUUUACUGUGUGCCUUCACCAGCGCUCUGUCCUAGUCACACAUCUCAGCACUGCUGCCAACUGGUUCUUCUUGAAAUUUAUUCUGUAUUGGAAGCUCAGAUCUUGUUGGGUCUCUGCAGGGUUUAUGAUCAACCAGGUAGAAUGUGUUGAUGGUUGAGGAAGUUUAUCUUUCUCUAUCAGAGAAUGACUGUCAAAUUUUUGUAGUUAUCUUCAUCAAAUCCUCUCUUGUGUUCCCAUUUUGAAGAACAACAGAACUGGAAAUUCACCUUCGUCUGUAAAUAGCUAAGUAUGUAGCCCUGGAACUGAGAUCUUUAACAUUCAGUCUUUU